CGCUCAGCUUGACGGGGACCUUUCAAAGAGGAGACGCGCGGGACCUGUCUGGACUCUGCAGCAACUUGGAGGAGAACCUCAGAAGAAACCAGCAUGAACAAUGGGUCCAACAGAACCAUUGACCCGAGCUGCACGGGCCUACCUCCUCUCGCCAUCGACGUCAUUGUCAAGCUGGACAUGUUUGGCAUCAUCCUGUACUCCCUCCUCACCUUCAUGACCCUGGUGUCCGUGCUGGUGUACUUCGAGGAAAGCAUUUACAUCUAUAGGAAAGUGCCCAGUAAUAAGAAGAGCGCGACCAUCUGGGUGAACGGGGCAGCGCCGGUGAUUUGCACCAUGUCGUGUUUAGGGAUGUGGGUCCCCAAAGCCACCAUGUUUACUGACAUGACAUCUGCUUGCUACUUCGCCAUUGUGGUGUUCAAGUUCCUGAUCCUGAUGCUGGAGGAGCUGGGCGGCGAUGAGGAGUUCCUGAAGCGAGCCGGGAAGCACAAGCUGAAGAUCAGCACGGGGCCGUGCUGCUGCUGCUGCCUGUGCCUGCCGCACGUGGCCAUCACACGGCGCUCGCUCUUCCUGCUCAAACUGGGCUCCUUCCAGUUUGCCCUGCUGAAGAUUGUCUUUACCAUCCUAUCUAUUGUUCUGUGGACCAACGGAAUCUACGACGUGGCUGAUUUGACAGGACCUGCUGUUUGGAUCAACUCAUUCGUCGGCAUCUUGACAAUCAUAGCUCUGUGGCCUGUGUCCCUAUUGUUCAAAAACCUGCAGGAAGCCCUACGUUCUCACAAGAUCGUCCCCAAGUAUGCAAUGUACCAGCUGGUGCUGAUUUUGAGCCAACUGCAAACAGGUAUCAUCAACUCCUUGGCUUUCAGUGGAGUCAUUGCCUGUGUCCCACCUUUCCCUGGGCCAGUCAGAGGAUACAUGAUCAGUCAGCAGCUGUUAAUCCUGGAAAUGUUUAUCAUAACGCUUGUAACGCGCAUGCUGUAUCGACGGCAGUACGAUCCCAUACCGGCAGAAGAGGCAUAUAAUGACAUGAUGUAAUCACAAAGCUGCAAAUGUGUAUGUGUUUUUUUGUAAUUUCUUGUGUUUUUUUAAUUAAAAGAUUAUAUAACUAAACACAAACACAACUUAUCUAGUGUGUUCAAAACUGCAUUGAGCUUGCAAUGCAUAGUUUUCUAAUUCCAUAAAAUAGUGCUGGUGUAAUUGUAAUUCUAAGUCAAUUCAGACUUUUAACACUUAUUUGUGUAUUUUUCUAUUUCUUUAAUAUUAUCCACUUCAAACAUACAAGUUAUCAAACUGAAAGCGUACUUCCGCUUUUCUGCCGCUAGGUGGUAAUAGAGAAUAAAAAGCAAGGCCACGGUAUUAUUUUCACCUGUUUCUGUAGCAGGCGACAAACCAGCGCCCACGUACAGUAGGCAAGCACGUGCGUAAAACAUACUUCCUGCCUAUAAGCUCACACGCAAACCUCACAGGCUGUGUAUCAAUGAAACGUUGCAUGUAUCCACGGUAAUGGCCGCAGAUAAACACGGUUACGUCGAUGGCAUUGAUUGACUCGCCGUCACCCAA